GUACAUUGCAGUGUAUUAAUUUCCCAGUAUCUACCAUCCAAUAUGAAACUAGAUUAACACGUCCUCCCUUCAGCUCAAAGUAAUUUUUCUUCAAUCUGUGCUGUUAGCUGCAUAUUUCCAGUCGGCCAGUGGAUAAUCGUCGACCACUUCGCUUCUUCAUUAAUCCAAUACAUAAGCAAGAGGCAGAGGCAUCGAUGGCAGGAGCAGAGGUUGAGGUCGUGGCGCAUGCAUGGAAAGAAUGGGGUCUCCGGACUCUGGUGCUUCUCAGCUUCACGCUCCAAGUGGCGCUCCUCAUCCUGGCGGAGUUCCGCCGAUGCGUCGACCACCGCUUGUUAAGGGUGGUCGUUUGGUCGGCGUACAUGCUGGCUGACGGCACAGCCAUCUACGUGCUCGGGCACCUGUCCGCCACCACCAGGUCUCCCGAGCACGAGCUGAUGGCGUUCUGGGCGCCAUUCCUGCUGUUACACCUCGGUGGGCAGGACAACAUCACCGCUUACGCUAUUGAGGACAACCGGCUGUGGCUGCGCCACCUGCAAACACUCGUCGUGCAGGUGGCUGCAGCCGGUUACGUCCUCUACGGGUCCACGGUUGUCAGCCAUCCCUUGCUCCGGUGUGCAGCCAUCCUCAUAUUUGUGGUCGGUUUGGUUAAGUACGGGGAGAGAGUGUGGGCACUUAGCUGCGCCGCUAGCAGGCCAGGGGGAAUGAAGUACGAUUGUUUGAACAAAGGACACUCAGGUUCUCAGUCUGCCCGUGCACAUAAUACAGGCCAGCGGGACACCAAUGACCACCUGUUGCUGGCCUACGGCAUGAUAGAUAUCGCUAGGAACUUUUUGAAGGGACCACUACCCCAUGUCGGUAUAAAGCUAACGGAUACUUCAUGUUUGAGUGGGCAGGAUCUGUACAGAAUAGUCGAGAUGCAGCUAUCCCUGAUGUACGACGUCUUCUACACCAAGGUUGUAGCGAUACACGGUUGGUGCGGCGGCCUGUACGUUCGCGCAGUUCUGCCGGUUGUCACUGCCAUCGCAUUAUUACUGUUUCAUCUGUGGAGUCGUCGUCGUCAGCUGGGCGGUCAUUACAGUAGUGUAGACAUCGCUGCCACUUAUGUUCUGCUAGUUGGGGCCCUUGUCCUUGAGAUGGUGUCAGCGUUGAGGGCUAUAUUCUCGAUCUGGUCAACCGAUGAGUUCGGAGUAUAUGGUACUACUGAUAUUGUUCAUACUUGGUGUUGCCCAAUUAGACCUGUAGUUAUGCCUGUCCGCAAGCUCAUCCAUGCAGCUGAAUGGAGGAGAAGGUAUUGGUCAGGCUCAAUGGGGCAACAAAGCUUGCUCCAGUUGUGCGCUCGGAGCAGGGGUAGCCGAAUCAGCAAACUAGCGGUACGGAUGGGAGUGGAGGACUGGUGGAACACGUUGGCUUACUCGGGCUCCAUCCUCGUCUCCUCAUACAUCGAGCAGCUGUUGGUGGAGCAAAUCCUCAAGAGUAUACACUUGUCUUCAGCCCACCCAAAUCACAUCCGUAACUCACGUGGUCGGGCGGUGCCCAAGGGCAGGCUAUACGAGUGCCUGGCCUCGAGUGUCAACCCCGAAGAUUUGAGCUUGGAGGAGAGCAUUCUCGCCUGGCACAUCGCCACUGAAGUCUACCUCUGUUUCUACAGGGAGCGCGCAGGCGACCGGGAGAACGUUGCCGAGGCAGCAGCCCGUGCGCUCUCCAGUUACAUGCUCUUCCUGCUUGCCGCACGUCCCUUCAUGCUGCCUCCUACUACUAGCCGCACAGAAUACAUCAACAUGUGCUAUGGCCUCACCGGCCUGCAGGACAACUUGGCCAAGGACCUGGCUGGAAUACUACGGAGCUACGGUGAUGCAUUGAACACCGGGACUAACUUCGUCUGGCCGCAAUUGGAAGAUCGUUUUGGAGGAACUAGGCCUGCCGUUUACCACAACAAACCGUUGGAUAUAGGAUGUAGACUUGGCGCAAAGCUCAUCGACGAGUCGUCAAAAGACCCACUGGCUACGGACAUGCUGAAGCUGAUCGUCCUGGUGUGGGUGGAGAUGCUGUGCUACGCGGGCCAGCGAUGCAGUUCAGAUUCUCAUGCCAAGCAGCUCAGCAAUGGUGGUGAGCUCAUCACCAUCGCUGCCAUUCUAGUGGAGUGCAUCACAGAUGCAUACAUGAGAGACAAGAUCCUCCCUUAUUAUCAAGGUCACAGUCAAGGUCACUGCAGUAGUUAUCAACGAUCACCUGCGACGGCUUCCUCGUCAUCAUCCUCGACUUCAGAGUCAGAAGGCUUGAAUUGUAUAAUCGUUCAAGAAAAUGUGUAACCUGUUGGCGACGUGCAUCAAGACUUUCUAUUGCCGCAACAGCUCUGGAGGUGGUUCUUUUCCAAAAUCAGAAUACAUUGUCUGCAAUUGAAAAUGUACCCAGAUGAAGAUGCAUGCAUAGGACCAUUAUUUGAUAGAAGCAAUGAAAUAAUAAUUACCAUGAUCAGUGCAUGGUUAACAUUA